UGAAAAGAGCGAAGCGCUCUAAUGGUACACGGAUGGGCGACAUCAUUCCAGUCUCUCAGCUUCGAGCGCCAGUCCAUCUUGUUCCACGUUUUGGUGCUACUGCAGACACACGUCUCACGGCAUAUAAUAGCAUGGAGCACGCGAGGGAGUUUUGGUUGAACUACUUUUGGGACAAGCAUUCAUUUUUUGCAUUAUCCGAGUAGACUAAAACAUACAACAUGUACUUGGGAUUCCGUUGUAGAAUGUGACGUUUUUUUCUGAGGUACGAAAAUAAAGUUGGCCGCAGCGUCGUUGAUGUCGGCUCCCCUUAUCAGUGACAUGCCUGCGCUGGACAAACUCAUCGAUCUCGAGCUUAAUCAGUUACUAUCUUAGAAGAAGC